CGCGGGAUUCUCCAAGCGGCUGUGCGCCGUUGCCGCGGGCCGUGCGCGGGCUGCGGGCGAGCUGGGCGCUGCGUAGUCUCCGCAGGCGCCGGCGGGAGGGGUCGAGUUGGAGGCGCGGCGCAGGCUGCUCCAGGCCCAGGUUACCUAGGGUAUGAAUUAAUACAGACUUGGAACUGAAAGAACUUAGAAUCAGCAUUUUGAGAGCAGAAACUUGGGCAUGCUGUGAUUUUCCAAUAAACUGCUAUCACUAUGUCAAAAUGCAGUUCAGACACCACCACGACAGAGGUCUCAAACAUUAAAACGUAAGCUGCGCUAGAACAAAAAUGCAAUGAGAGAAACACUGGAUGAGUGAAAAGCCCUGCUUUGCAACCCCUCAGCAUGGCAGGCCUGCAGCUCAUGACCCCCGCUUCCUCACCAAUGGGUCCUUUCUUUGGACUACCAUGGCAACAAGAAGCAAUUCAUGAUAACAUUUAUACGCCAAGAAAAUAUCAGGUUGAGCUGCUGGAAGCAGCUCUGGACCAUAACACCAUAGUCUGUUUAAACACUGGCUCAGGGAAGACGUUCAUUGCCGUACUGCUCACUAAAGAGCUCUCCUAUCAGAUCAGGGGCGGCUUCAGCAAGCAUGGAAAAAGGACGGUGUUCUUGGUCAACUCUGCAAACCAGGUUGCUCAACAAGUGUCAGCUGUCAGAACUCAUUCAGAUCUCAAGGUUGGGGAAUACUCAAACCUAGAAGUAAAUGCAUCUUGGACAAAAGAGAAAUGGAACCAAGAGUUUACGAAGCACCAGGUUCUCGUUAUGACUUGCUAUGUCGCCUUGAAUGUUUUGAAAAAUGGUUACUUAUCACUGUCAGACAUUAACCUUUUGGUGUUUGAUGAGUGUCAUCUUGCGAUUCUAGACCACCCCUACCGAGAAAUUAUGAAGCUCUGUGAAAAUUGUCCAUCAUGUCCUCGUAUUUUGGGACUAACUGCUUCCAUUUUAAAUGGAAAGUGUGAUCCUGAGGAAUUGGAAGAAAAGAUUCAGAAACUGGAGAAAAUUCUUAAGAGUAAUGCUGAAACUGCAACUGACUUGGUGGUCUUAGACAGAUAUACUUCUCAGCCAUGUGAGAUUGUCGUCGACUGUGGACCAUUUACUGACAGAAGUGGGCUUUAUGAAAGCCUCCUCAUGGAAUUAGAGGAAGCACUUAAUUUUAUCAAUGACUGUAAUAUACCUGUGCAUCCAAAAGAAAGAGAUUCUACUUUAAUCUCUAAACAGAUACUAUCAGACUGUCGUGCGGUAUUGGUAGUUCUCGGACCCUGGUGUGCAGAUAAAGUAGCUGGGAUGAUGGUAAGAGAACUGCAGAAAUAUAUCAAACAUGAACAAGAGGAGCUGCACAGGAAGUUUCUAUUGUUUACAGACACUUUCCUAAGGAAAAUACAUGCACUAUGUGAAGAGCACUUCUCACCUGCCUCGCUCGACCUGAGAUUUGUAACUCCUAAAGUCAUAAAACUGCUUGAAAUCUUACGCAAAUAUAAACCAUAUGAGCGGCAGCAGUUUGAAAGCGUUGAGUGGUAUAAUAAUAGGAAUCAGGAUAAUUAUGUGUCUUGGAGUGAUUCUGAGGAUGAUGAUGAGGAUGAAGAAAUUGAAGAAAAAGAGAAGCCAGAGACUAAUUUUCCUUCUCCAUUUACCAAUAUUUUAUGCGGGAUUAUUUUUGUGGAAAGAAGAUACACAGCAGUUGUCUUAAACAGAUUGAUAAAGGAAGCUGGCAAACAAGAUCCAGAGCUGGCUUAUAUCAGCAGCAAUUUUAUAACUGGACAUGGCAUUGGAAAGAAUCAGCCUCGUAACAAACAGAUGGAAGCAGAAUUCAGAAAACAGGAAGAGGUACUUAGGAAAUUUCGAGCACACGAGACCAAUUUGCUUAUUGCAACAAGUAUUGUGGAAGAGGGUGUUGAUAUACCAAAAUGCAAUUUGGUGGUUCGUUUUGAUUUGCCCACAGAGUAUCGAUCCUAUGUUCAAUCUAAGGGACGCGCAAGGGCACCAAUCUCUAAUUAUAUAAUGUUAGCAGACACAGACAAAAUAAAAAGUUUUGAAGAAGACCUUAAAACAUACAAAGCUAUUGAAAAGAUAUUGAGAAACAAAUGUUCCAAGUCAGUUGAUACUGGUGAGACUGACAUUGAGCCUGUUGUGGAUGACGAUGAUGUUUUCCCACCAUACGUGUUGAGGCCUGAUGAUGGUGGGCCACGAGUCACAAUCAACACAGCCAUUGGACACAUCAAUAGAUACUGUGCUAGAUUACCAAGUGAUCCGUUCACUCAUCUGGCUCCUAAAUGUAGAACCCGAGAGUUGCCUGAUGGUACAUUUUAUUCAACUCUUUAUCUGCCAAUUAACUCACCUCUUCGAGCUUCCAUUGUUGGUCCACCAAUGAACUGUAUACGAUUGGCUGAAAGAGUUGUAGCUCUCAUUUGCUGUGAGAAACUGCACAAAAUUGGUGAACUGGAUGACCACUUGAUGCCAGUUGGAAAAGAGACUGUUAAAUAUGAAGAAGAGCUUGAUUUACAUGAUGAAGAAGAGACCAGUGUUCCAGGAAGACCAGGUUCCACAAAACGAAGACAGUGCUACCCAAAAGCAAUUCCAGAAUGCUUGAGGGAUAGCUAUCCCAAACCGGAUCAGCCCUGUUACCUGUACGUGAUAGGAAUGGUUUUAACGACACCCUUACCUGAUGAGCUCAACUUCAGAAGGCGGAAGCUCUAUCCCCCUGAGGAUACCACCAGAUGCUUUGGAAUACUGACAGCCAAGCCCAUACCUCAGAUCCCGCACUUCCCUGUGUACACACGCUCUGGAGAGGUUACCAUAUCUAUUGAGUUGAAGAAGUCUGGUUUCACGUUGUCUCUACAAAUGCUUGAGUUGAUCACGAGACUUCACCAGUAUAUAUUCUCACACAUUCUUCGGCUUGAAAAACCUGCACUAGAAUUUAAACCCACAGACGCUGAUUCAGCAUACUGUGUUCUACCUCUUAAUGUUGUUAAUGACUCCAGCACUUUGGACAUUGACUUUAAAUUCAUGGAAGAUAUUGAGAAAUCUGAAGCUCGCAUAGGCAUUCCCAGUACAAAGUACUCAAAAGAAACACCCUUUGUUUUUAAAUUAGAAGAUUACCAGGAUGCAGUUAUCAUUCCAAGAUAUCGCAAUUUUGAUCAGCCUCAUCGAUUUUAUGUAGCUGAUGUGUACACUGAUCUUACCCCAUUGAGUAAAUUUCCUUCCCCUGAGUAUGAAACUUUUGCAGAAUACUAUAAAACAAAGUAUAACCUUGACCUGACCAAUCUCAACCAGCCGCUGCUGGAUGUGGACCACACAUCUUCAAGACUUAAUCUUCUGACACCUCGCCAUUUGAAUCAGAAGGGGAAAGCUCUUCCUCUAAGCAGUGCUGAAAAGAGGAAAGCCAAGUGGGAAAGUCUGCAAAAUAAACAGAUACUGGUUCCAGAACUCUGUGCUAUACAUCCAAUUCCAGCAUCACUGUGGAGAAAAGCAGUUUGUCUCCCCAGCAUACUUUAUCGCCUUCACUGCCUUUUGACUGCAGAGGAGCUACGAGCCCAGACAGCCAGUGACGCUGGUGUCGGGGUCAGAUCACUUCCCGCAGAUUUUAGAUACCCUAACUUAGACUUCGGGUGGAAAAAAUCUAUUGACAGCAAAUCUUUCAUCUCAGUUGCUAACUCCUCUUCGGCUGAAAAUGAAAAUAACUGUAAGCACAGCACAAUCAUAGUCCCUGAAAAUGCUGCACAUCAAGGUGCUACUAGAACCUCCUCUCUAGAAAAUCAUGACCAAAUGUCUGUGAACUGCAGAAUGUUAUUCAGUGAAACACCUGGCAAACUCCAAAUUGAAGUUUCAACAGAUCUUACAGUAAUUAAUGGUCUUUCUUACAAUAAAAGUCUUGCCAAUGGCAGUUACGAUUUAGCUAACAGAGGCUUUAGCCAAGGAAAUCAGCUGAGCUACUACAAGCAGGAAAUACCUGUACAACCAGCUACCUCAUACCCCAUUCAGAAUUUAUACAAUUGUGAGAACCAGCUGAAGCCCAGCAAUGAAUGUACUCUACUGAGUAAUAAAUACCUUGAUGGAAAUGCUAACAAAUCUACCUCAGAUGGAAGUCCCAUGAUGGCUGCAGCCCCUGGUACUAUGGGAGCUGUUAAAUCGCCCAAGGACAGGAUGGAUUCUGAGCAGAGCCCUUCUACUGGGUACUCCUUGAGGACUCUGGGCCCAAACCCUGGACUUAUCCUUCAGGCUUUGACCCUUUCAAAUGCUAGUGAUGGAUUUAACCUGGAGCGGCUUGAAAUGCUUGGUGACUCCUUUUUAAAGCAUGCCAUCACCACGUAUCUGUUUUGCACUUAUCCUGAUGCUCAUGAGGGCCGCCUUUCAUAUAUGAGAAGCAAAAAGGUCAGCAACUGUAACCUAUAUCGUCUUGGAAAAAAGAAGGGACUGCCCAGCCGCAUGGUGGUGUCAAUAUUUGAUCCGCCUGUGAAUUGGCUUCCUCCUGGUUACGUAGUAAAUCAAGACAAAAGUAACACAGAUAAAUGGGAGAAAGAUGAAAUGACAAAAGACUGCAUGUUGGCUAAUGGCAAACUGGAUGAGGACUUUGAGGAGGAGGAAGAGGAGGAGGAGGGCCUGCUGUGGAGGGCUCCAAAGGAGGAUGGCGACUAUGAGGAUGACUUCCUGGAGUAUGACCAGGAACAUAUCAAAUUUAUAGAUAACAUGUUAAUGGGAUCCGGAGCUUUUGUAAAGAAAAUUUCUCUUUCUGCUUUUUCAACCACUGAUUCUGCAUAUGAAUGGAAAAUGCCCAAAAAAUCCUCCUUAGGUAGUAUGCCAUUUUCAUCUGAUUUUGAGGAUUUUGAUUACAGCUCUUGGGAUGCAAUGUGCUAUCUGGAUCCUAGCAAAGCUGUUGAAGAGGAUGACUUUGUGGUGGGAUUCUGGAAUCCGUCAGAAGAAAACUGUGGUGUUGACACAGGGAAACAGUCUAUCUCUUACGACCUGCACACUGAGCAGUGUAUUGCUGACAAAAGCAUAGCUGACUGUGUGGAAGCCCUGCUGGGCUGCUAUUUAACCAGCUGCGGUGAGAGGGCUGCUCAGCUUUUCCUCUGUUCGCUGGGGCUGAAGGUGCUCCCGGUAAUUAAAAGGACUGAUUGGGAAAAGGCCGUGUGCCCUGCCAGGGAGAGUUUCAGCAGCCAGCAGAAGAACCUCUUAGGGCGCUGCACUCCCACCUCUGGAGCCGGCUCACGCAUCUCUGUAUUUAAGGACUUGGAAUAUGGGUGUUUGAAAAUUCCACCAAGAUGUAUGUUUGAUCAUCCAGACGCAGAUAAAACCCUGAAUCACCUAAUAUCGGGUUUUGAAAAUUUUGAAAAGAAAAUCAACUACAGAUUCAAGAAUAAGGCUUACCUUCUCCAGGCUUUCACACAUGCCUCCUACCACUACAAUACUAUUACUGAUUGUUACCAGCGCUUAGAGUUCCUGGGAGAUGCGAUUUUGGACUACCUCAUCACCAAGCACCUUUAUGAAGACCCCCGGCAGCACUCCCCAGGGGUCCUGACCGACCUGCGCUCUGCCCUGGUCAACAACACCAUCUUUGCGUCGUUGGCUGUGAAGUACGACUACCACAAGUACUUCAAAGCAGUUUCUCCUGAGCUCUUCCACGUCAUUGAUGAUUUUGUGCAGUUCCAGCUUGAGAAGAACGAGAUGCAAGGAAUGGAUUCUGAGCUUCGGAGAUCUGAGGAGGAUGAAGAGAAAGAAGAGGAUAUUGAAGUUCCAAAGGCCAUGGGGGAUAUUUUUGAGUCGCUUGCUGGUGCCAUUUACAUGGACAGUGGGAUGUCACUGGAGACGGUUUGGCAGGUGUACUGUCCCAUGAUGCGGCCGCUCAUAGAAAAGUUUUCUGCAAAUGUGCCCCGUUCCCCUGUGCGAGAACUGCUUGAAAUGGAACCAGAAACCGCCAAAUUUAGCCCGGCCGAGAGAACUUACGAUGGCAAGGUCAGAGUCACGGUGGAAGUAGUAGGAAAGGGGAAAUUUAAAGGUGUUGGCCGAAGUUACAGGAUUGCCAAAUCUGCAGCAGCAAGAAGAGCCCUACGAAGCCUCAAAGCUAAUCAACCUCAGGUUCCCAACAGCUGAAACCCCUUAAAAAAAAAAAAGCCAGAAUUAAGGGGGAAAAUAUUUAAAUUGAAAAUGAUGAUUUAAAGUUGAUACUGAGUGGAAUGAAUUGAAGGCAGAAUUUAAAGUUUCUUUGAUAACAAGAUAGAUUUCAGAAUAAAACAUUUAACAUAUGUAUAAAAAUUUUGGAACUAAUUGUAGUUUUAGUUUCUUGCGCAAACACAAUCUUGUCUUCUUUCCUCACUUCUGCUUUGUUUAAAUCACGAGAGUGCUUUAAUGAUGACAUUUAGUAAGUGUUCAGAAUAAUUAUUGACAGGUUUUGUUUGUUUGUUUUUAUUUUUAGUUAGAUUUCUGUCAGCUUUGCUUAGUGGUCGGAGGCCAAGGAGAUCGGAGGCUUAAACCUCCAGCCGUCCCUAGAAUUCUGUAGAGGGCUCUCGACACCCCUCAGUUUGAGCAGUGGUGCCAGUCCUGCAACAGCUGAGAAGCCGAAGGGAAGGAUGUGGUUUGCGAGCCGACUGUGCAGUGUGGUCCUUUCUUUCCAUAUUGUACUGUGUAAGAUGAUGUUUCUGGUCGCUGUUGCAUUUACUAGUAAGGGACAGAUAUUUUAAUUAACAUGGACUGGCAUGUUAGCAAGUCAAAGUUUAGUUUUCUCAUGCCACGUAGUCUUGCAUAAAAAAGGUUCUUGCCUUAAAAGUAAAACCCUCAUAGAUUCACUUUAAUUUCUGAUUUUUCUGGAACAAACCAUUUUACAUUCCCUUCAUUUUAUUAUUCAUUAGAUGUUGAGACAGUGGAAUAUUUACAACUCACUAGUAUAGUUGUAACUUAACUUAUUACAGGAUGAUAUUAGAAUUUCUGUCAUGUGUACUGAAGACCUUUUAAAAACCAGAGUAUGUAGUCCAUGUUUUUUUUUUUAACAUAGUAAUAAAAAUGAUCUUUGGCUAAAUACCCAGUUUUACUAAAAACCUCCUGCUAGGUAGUUCCUGUGAUGGAAACUGGCAAGUUUUGCCCUGUAGGCUGUUGCUCUAAGAAAAUAAACUUUAGACAUAUCACACCUAAAAUAUGCUGCAGAUUUUAUAAUUAAUUGGUUACUUAUUUAAAGAAGCAAAACAGAGCACCUUUACCUUUAGUCUUCUCACAUAAAUUUCUUACUGUAUUUUCAACAGUGUUGCAUGCAUAUUUCACCUACCAAAGCUGUGCUGUUAAUGCCAUGAAAGUUUAACGUGUGCGAUAAACUGCCGUAAUUUUGAUAUAUCUGUGAUUUAGGUCAUUAAUUUAGAUAAAUGAACUUAUUAUUUCCAUCUUUGGAAAAGAAAAAAAAACAUUUUGAGGCAUUUGCCUAAGUUUCUUUAAUUAGACUUGUAGGCACUCUUCACUUACAUACCUCAGUUCUUUCCUUUGCAUGCAAUUUCCCCUGUUUGGUGCUAUGUUUAUGUAUUAUGCUUGAAAUUUUAAUUUUUUUUUUUUGCACUGUAACUAUAAUACCUCUUAAUUCACCUUUUUAAAAGCCGUGGGUCAGUCUUGCACUCUCACCAACAUACCAGUAGAGGUUUGCUGCAAUUUGCCCCAUUAAUUAUGCUUGAAGUUUAAGAAAGCUGAGCAGAGGUGACUAAUAUUUUCCAGCACAUCAUUCUGAACUCAAUGCUUCAUGUAAUGUUGCAUUUAUGUUUUAAAUUGCAGUCAAAUACUGUACUUCUUGCUUUAUCUGCACCCCUGCGCCCCCCCACCCCCCCCCCAGAGAAACACCUCUGCACCUGUGCACACGGAAAGCUGGCAGCUCUGCUUUCUAAGGAGACCUGCAUGAAGGGGAUGAUGUUAAGCUUCUCCAACAUCAUUUGUUGUCUCCAUUCUUAAACUUAAAUUGAUAUCGAAAUUAUCUAAAUGAGGUUUUGAGCAAGUCGGUUUGGGUAGACUCAUUUUUUAAAUAUUCAAUUCUGAUUUGGAACCUUAGAUUUUUAUUUGGUUUUUUGAAAAACCUCAAUGUAAGAUCUCCUGGCAAGUUAAAACCAAGCAGUUCUUCAUUUAUAUAACUGUAAACAUGUACAAUUAACAAGUAGGGCUGGGUGUGAAUCUUACUCAUGAGGGUGAUUUGUGGUAACGUUUUAUCACAAAGCUCGUGAUAAUUUAUCAACGACCUGAUGCCAGGAGCUUAGGGCUUCGCAUUGUGUCUAAUGCACUGAUCCCGGUGUUAAGGGAUUCUGCCUCCUGGCACCAAAAUCAGAUUGUUCCACACUUAACAGUUCCCACUGGGAGAAAAACGCCUCAAUAUAUUUUGUAACCUUAAGAAGAGUAUUUUUUGUUAAUGCUAAAAAAGUUCAGACUUGGAUAUGAUUAGGUCAUACAUUCUCAGGGGUUCAAAUUUCCUGCUACCAUUCAAAAUGUUUUAUCAACAGCAAACUUUAGAUACUUCUUUUCUUCUCUUUUUCCUUCUCUUCCCUUUUCUUUCUUGUUAUGGAGAAAAAAAUAGAUAAUUUUAAUUUUUGACUUACGUUGACGCAUUCUAUGAUCCCUUGGUUACUAAGUUAAGAAACAAAAAGUAUGAGUUAGACAUAUGAAAUGGUUAUGAACGCUUUGUGCUGCUGGUUUUUAAUGCUGUAAAGAUUUUCCCAGUUUAGCUUGGUGAAAUGUUUUACAUCCAUUAGUUAAGGUGAAAGAUCAUUCUGUGUUGCCCCACUUUACAACCAUGUAUGUCAUCCCUUUGUUCCUGUGAUUGCAAUGUGAGACCGAGUGUCAUGUGGGAAACAGGGGGAGGUGUCCUUGUGCUGCACGCACAUGUGUGAAGGAUGUGGAAGCAUGUCCUGAAAAAGCAACUCCAGGAAUCCUUACGAUGAUGGUGUGAAGAUUAGUUGGUAGGAACCUUCACUGUAAAUGUUUUUAAUUUCUCUUAUAAUAUACUUUCAACAGUCCUAACUAUGCUGCGUUUUGUAAUAGCUUUCCCCUGUUCUGUUCAUGUAGCACAGAUGAGCACUGCACUUGGAACCAUGCUUUACCUCAUUUCAAGGAAAAUAUGCUUAACUGAGAGGGAAAAAUGUGGCUUAGCCUCGCUGCUGUUUUGAUUUACCGGAUUUGAAAAAGAUGAUUAUAAUGCCUGCAAUGUGUCAUAUACUUGCACAACUUAAAUAGGUCAUUUUUGUCUGUGGCAUUUUUACUGUUUGUGAAAGUAUGACAAAGAUUUGUUAACUCUUAAUUAUGUUUUUAAAAAUGUUUGUUACACUUUUUCCUUUUUCUCUUACGUUAUGUGAAAUGAUUAAAUUUAGAAUGAUUUCUAACACUCCUGUAAUUAUCUUUUAAAAUACUAAUAUUUUUACUUUCUUAAUAAUAGCUUGCCCUCAGAAAGAUUCAAAUUACUCUGCCUAAAUAGCAAGAGACUUGAGACUACUUUGGUUUUUUUGGUUCAUUUCAUAAAUACAGUUAUUCACCGAGCAGUCAGCCCUUUCGUCAUGACCUGAGAUCAGACGGUGACUGCAGAGUGCAGGGAAUAAUCCAGAUCCACCCCCACAGUUCAGUCUUGAGGCCCAGGUGAUUAAGGCAUGUCUUGCUCUAUUCGGGUAUCUAAUUCUUUUACACAAAAUUUAAGACACCAAACUGAGACCUUGAUACCUUUAUUUAAACUGCAUCUGAAAUUGUUAGUCCUUAACCAGCUUGUGUUAUCUGCAGAAGAGAAACUCAUGUCAUGUUUAUUACCUAUAUGGUUAUUUUAAUUACAUUUAAAUAGUUAUAUUUUUUCAACCACUGAUUACUUUUCAGGAAUUUAAUUAUUUCCAAAUAAAUUUCUUUAUUUUAUAUUGUACAUGAGAAGUUUUUAAGAUAUGUUUAAAACCAAGAAUAUUAAAAUGAUUUUAAAAGUUGUUGGAGACGCCAGUAGCAAUAUCUAGGGAAUUUGCAUUGAGACUAUUAUAUUUUCCACUAGCAGUGAAAAUGAUCUUUCAAAACUAACUUGUAAAUAUAUUUUAAUCAUUGUUUUUUCCUAGUCCAUUUUUAUUUGGACAUCAACCACAGACAAUUUAAAUUUUAUAGAUGCACUCAGAAUUCACUGCAGCAGCAGGUUACAUAGCAAAAAUGCAAAGGUGAAUGGGAAAUAAUAAAAUUUCUGGCUUUUCUGCUGUAAAUAGAGUGAAGGAAAAUGACUAAAAUCAAGUAAAACUAACAUAUAAUUUGAUUGACAACAAAGUAUUUACCAUCACAUGCUGCAGCUCUUUUUAAGGAACAUGAUGUAACUCAUUCAUACAGUAAUCAUGCUGCAGAAAAAUGCAGUCUGCACCUUAUGGGUCAUAAUUACCUUUAGUCGUUUUUUUGUAUAAUUGUAGCUGAGUAAAUCUCCAAUAAAGUUACGGUCUGUUCA